UCUAAAAUGGUUGCGAUCCCUUCCAACUUUUAAACGUAUUACUUUUGCAAAUGAUACAACACGAAUCCUGUUCCUUUAUCCAGGUUCUCACUAGAAGUGCUCUGUAGCAGUGGCUCCCGAGCUGCGUACCACUCGUGGCAGGCAGACUACCCGUCAGUGGUACGCAUUAAUACACUUGUUAUAACUAUUUUAUUUGAUAGAAAUUUGCUGGAGGUACUUCAGUGUGCAUCGUUUUAAACUGGUGGUGUGCAACCUCUCAGAGUUUGGGAGCUGCUGCCCUAUAGUGCUGGGCUGUGCCCCAUGCACCUGCAGCCACAGAGGAAAGGCUGGACGGAUUCACACGCAGCAGACUACAGUACGCACCCGCAGCACACCCACCUCCAUGCCCCCUCCUCCAGACCAUGCGCAUGCGCACCACUCCCAUAUGGGGAGAAGAGCGCACCGAUUCCACGCAUGCGCACCGCCCCCCCGGAGAGAGCUGAUUCCGCGCAUGCGCCCUUGUGCCGACCGCGCGGGAGCCUGUUGGACCCGUCCCCUAGAAGUGCCCGUGCCGGAAGUGUCUGUCCCCGAGGAGCGUCCGGCAAGCAACGCGUGCCGCAAGAAAUCAGUUCCGCCCGGCGCGGCUCGCGGCGGCGGUUGGCGAGACGGUUGCGAUGGCGGCGGCGUUGAGCGGCGACGCGGCCUGCAGCAGCAGCGCUCCCGCAUCCCCCCUCCUGUCGGAAGACGCGGCGGCGGCGGUCGAGGCACUGGGGCCGCCCGAGCCCAGCGAGGACUCAGUUGUUUUGGAGAGGCGCUUACCCACUGACGGAAGUGACGCUCCUUGUGUGCUGUACCUGCACUGCGAUCCUCAGGGCCGCGAGGAAAUCGCUUGCGUUGGGGUUCUCAGUGAGGCAAGAAACAUGGAAGUGUACGUGGGAGAAGAGUACUGCGGGACGAGCAGGGGAGAGCACGUCUGCACCGUCCAGGGCGGCAGUAAAAGUGAUGGGAUUACUUUAUACAAAAAGUAUCUUAAAUUGGAGUGUCCCACAGCCGCUUGUAGAAUUAAGCUGGUUUCUAUUGGUGAAAAACAGACAGUACUCAUCAGUAAAAUUGUAGUAAAGGUGAGAAAAGCUUCUUCAAAACCAGCAGAUUUUCCUUCACUAGGAUCAAGCAUAGAUCUAAACAGAGUGCAAAUGAUAAUGGAAUCCAUGGGCUCAAAGUUAUCUCCAGGUGCUCAGCAGCUAAUGGAUAUGGUUAAAUGUCAGCAGAAGAACAGUUUGUCUCUUGGAGACAAACUCCAGUGUAUCUUGGGAAACAAGAAACCUGUUUUUGGAGACAUUGGUACAAUAGGGGGAUUGAACAGUACAUCUGCUUCAAGAUCAUUAGACCAGUCAUCCAAUGGACCCUGUCCUCUUAACAGUUAUUUGACAGCUGAAACAGUUUCUGAAGAUUUAAAAAGACAAGUUGACCUGAAUGCACAGGGACCCAGCAGAAAGAAUACCUCUGAUCUUGGAGAACUUAAAAGGGCCCAGCAGAGCAUUCUUCUUCCUGGGAGAGAUUGUACAAUCAUGGGGUCUUCAAUAAUGCCAGAUCAAGCAAGUGAAGUCCUAAAUAUGCCUAGUUCUGGGCUGCUUCUUCCUUUUCUUCAGAAUUUAUGUGGCCAAGUAAGUCACCUUCGGUUAGAAGAUGGGAAUAAGCACUGUGCGAAGAGCACAACAGCUAAAGAAGAAGGCAUUCAAAAUGUCAGACUGGAGCAGCAGCCUAUUUGUUCAUAUUUGGAAAAGAUCAUCUCCAAAAAUAUGGACCUGAUGGAGAAAAAACUAAUGGAUUAUAUUGAUCUGCGGAUUCAGAACCUUCAGGAACAUAUAGAUAAUAAAAUUGUUCUCUUAGUAGACUUGGUUCAGAACUCAAAAUCAAACAAAGCCUCACAGGAACACUAUGACUCUGGAGAAGGAUUCUCAAAUGGAGAGAGAUAGUCUUUGAAAGAUAGCAGACCUUAAAAGUACUUCUCAAGGGCAACUUUUGUGAUAAGCUUAUUAUUAUACAUAUGUCACUAUAAAAUAUCUCAAUGUUUUUUGUUUGCCUUUGUUACUGUAACUCUGCCCGGUAUUGUACACAGCUGUUAUUAUUAUCAUAAAAGAUCGUAAAGAAUAUCGGUAUUUUUUCAUACUUGUAAAAAUUGUGUGUGUCUUUUUUUGGCUUAUUUAUUUUAAAAGUAUUGUUAAAUAUCACCUCUAGUACACCUGGUCAGCCUCGGCAUGAAUUAUGAAAGAU